UUAUUUCUUUAGUUUUUUGGCAGGUGUUGAGUGUUGCCUCUUGUCUGCGAUGUCUUACGAUCGGUAUUUAGCGAUAUGCAAACCGCUGCAUUAUACAGCCCUCAUGAAUGGCAGGUUCUGCCUCCAGCUAGCAGCUGGGUCUUGGAUAAAUGGGCUUCUGGCUAGUAAUAUAAUGACAUCCUUGAUGUCACAGUUAUCUUUUUGCGGCCCCAAUGAAGUUGACCAUUUUUUUUGUGAUUUUGCUCCAGUAAAAAAACUGUCCUGCGGUGACACCAGGCUGAUGGAUCUUUUGGCUUUCAUUCUGGCUUCAAUAUUCACCCUGCCCCCAUUUCUAUUGACCGUGGCAUCCUAUGUUUGCAUCAUUGCCACCAUCCUGAGUGUCCCUUCCACCACCAGGAGGCAAAAGGCCUUUUCCACCUGCUCCUCCCACCUCAUCGUGGUGACACUUUUCUAUGGGACGCUGAUGAUUGUCUACAUGCUCCCAGAUACCGACGCACUGAAGGUCCUUAACAAAGUGUUCUCCAUCUUCUAUACGAUUCUGACUCCCAUGGUUAACCCCCUCAUCUACAGCCUGAGGAACAGAGAGGUCAAGGAGGCCCUGAAAAGAGCUGUCAAUGCCUUUUUAAUGUGUACAGGAACUGAGACGGGGUCAAAUUCAAGGGCUUUUGUAGACAGGGAAAAGGCCCAGCGUAGUUAG